GCGCACUCGCGGCACUGGUUGGGCGGCAAGGAGCGGGGUGUCAUUCGGCACUGCGGUUCUGAGAGUGUUACUCCGGCCACUCCAGAGAGGGCGAAGGAGGAGGCUGGAGCGCGGCGGUGAUUUUUGUGCCAGGGCUUUUCAGAGACGCACUGAAAAGGCUGGCGGGGCUCAGGAAACUGGGGGGUUAGGAACACACGUUCAAUCCCCCACCCCUCGGGGAGGGGACGAAGCUUGCCUGUCUUUGGUGAGGGGCUGCGGGCAGGGAAGGCUCCGCGGGUCGAAGCGGUUCCAUGCCCACUGGUGGGUGGAACGUUUUGAGCAUGGGGGCCGCUUCGAAUCCUUAGCGUGAUAUCUAACGUAUUUCAUUUAGCCCCCGUUGAGAUUAAUUCACUGGGGGCAGUUUCGCAGGUUUGGCUUCUUCAAGAGCUGGGCUACCUUGACGGGCUUUUUGUUUUCCUGCUCCAGCCCCCUUUCCCUUCCUCCUCCUCCAGAUACCUUUUUUUCUGCCCGUCCUCGCCCGAUACAGACAUUUCCAGCGCUAGCUGACGCUCGUGGCUGCUGUCGAAGCCACUUCUCGGGAUUUCGGCUCAUUUUCCUCUGGGGUGUUUUUUGAGGAGGGAGAGCCUUUUUCCUCUUCACGAUGGAAUUUUCUUCCCGUGCCAAAAUGGACUUUCAUUGAUUUCCUCUUACUUAAGCGUUUAGUGACCAAUUCCCUAGGCGUAUUUUUUUGUGAUAGUUCCUCUUUAAAAUAUAUUAUCUGUAAAAUGGAGAACGAGAUUUUUACGCCCCUUGUGGAGCAGUUUAUGACCAGCCCCUUGGUCACUUGGGUUAAAACGUUUGGACCUCUGGCUGCAGAAAAUGGGACCAACCUGGAUGAAUAUGUGGCUUUGGUGGAUGGGGUAUUCUUGAACCAUGUUAUGUUCCAAAUUAAUCCUAAAUUGGAGAGUCAGAGAGUAAAUAAAAAAGUCAACAAUGAUGCCUCACUUAGAAUUCAUAAUCUAUCCAUUUUGGUGAGACAGAUAAAAUUUUAUUACCAGGAGACUUUGCAGCAGUUGAUCAUGAUGUCAUUGCCAAAUGUCUUAGUCAUCGGCAAAAAUCCCUUUUCUGAACAAGGCACAGAAGAAGUCAAAAAGUUGCUUUUACUUUUACUGGGUUGUGCAGUUCAGUGUCAGAAAAAAGAAGAAUUUAUUGAAAGAAUUCAAGGCUUAAAUUUUGACACAAAAGCAGCAGUUGCUGCACAUAUUCAAGAGGUAACCCAUAACCAGGAGAAUGUGUUUGAUCUUCAGUGGAUGGAAGGGACUGAUAUGUCUCAGGAGGAAAUAGAACCACUCUUGAAAAAUAUGGCAUUGCAUCUAAAAAGACUUAUAGAUGAAAGAGAUGAACAUUCAGAGACUAUCAUAGAACUCGCUGAAGAGCAAGAUGGUCUUCACUUUCUAUCCCAUGCCUCUUUAUCUGUACAGUCACCCUGUGGUUCUCCAGGCAUGAAGCAAACAGAAAGUCGACAACGUCUGUCAGUGGAACUGGCAGAUGCUAAAGCCAAGAUAAGAAGGCUUAGGCAGGAAUUGGAGGAAAAGACUGAAGAGUUAUUGGACUGCAAAGAAGAACUUGAGCAAAUGGAAAUAGAAUUAAAAAGGCUGCAACAAGAGAACAUGAACUUGCUUUCGGAUGCUCGUUCUGCAAGAAUGUACCGAGAUGAAUUAGAUGCACUUCGGGAGAAGGCAAUCAGAGUUGAUAAACUGGAAAGUGAAGUCAGCAGAUAUAAAGAAAGGCUACAUGAUAUUGAAUUUUAUAAGGCAAGAGUUGAGGAAUUAAAAGAAGACAAUCAAGUUUUAUUAGAAACAAAAACCAUGUUGGAAGAUCAAUUAGAAGGCACUCGAGCUCGUUCUGAUAAAUUGCAUGAAUUAGAAAAAGAGAAUUUACAACUAAAAGCUAAACUGCAUGAUAUGGAAAUGGAACGUGAUAUGGAUAGAAAAAAGAUAGAAGAACUAAUGGAAGAAAAUAUGACUUUGGAAAUGGCACAGAAACAGAGUAUGGAUGAAUCAUUACAUCUUGGCUGGGAGCUGGAACAAAUAUCCAGAACUAGUGAAUUUUCUGAAGCACCACAAAAAUCUUUGGGCCAUGAGGUGAAUGAAUUGACAGCAAGUAGGUUAUUGAAAUUAGAAAUGGAAAACCAGAGUUUGACAAAAACUGUAGAAGAACUUCGGAGUAGUAUGGAUUCUGCAGAAGGUAACAUUUCCAAAAUCCUGAAAGUUGAGAAAGAAAAUCAAAGAUUAAAUAAAAAGGUUGAAAUUCUUGAAAAUGAGAUUAUUCAAGAAAAACAAAGUCUUCAGAAUUGUCAGAUUUUAAGCAAGGAUCUAAUGAAGGAGAAAACUCAACUUGAAAAAACAAUUGAAACACUUAGAGAAAAUUCAGAGAGAGAGAUAAAAAUAUUAGAACAGGAAAAUGAACAUCUGAAUCAAAAUGUGUCUUCCUUAAGGCAGCGCUCCCAGAUAAGUGCUGAAGCAAGGGUGAAAGACAUUGAAAAAGAAAAUAAAAUUCUCCAUGAAUCUAUCAAAGAAACAAGUAGCAAGCUAAGCAAGAUUGAAUUUGAAAAAAGACAAAUUAGAAAAGAAUUGGAACAUUAUAAAGAAAAAGGAGAACGAGCAGAAGAACUUGAAAAUGAGUUGCAUCAUCUUGAAAAAGAAAAUGAAUUGUUACAGAAAAAGAUAACCAAUUUAAAAAUUACUUGUGAAAAAAUUGAGGCCUUGGAACAAGAAAAUUCAGAGCUAGAAAGAGAAAAUAGGAAAUUAAAAAAAUCACUAGAUAGCUUUAAAAACCUUACUUUACAGUUAGAAUCCCUAGAAAAAGAGAAUUCCCAGCUUGAUGAGGAAAACUUAGAAUUGCGAAGGAAUGUGGAAUCUUUGAAGUGUGCAAGCAUGAAAAUGGCUCAGCUACAACUAGAAAAUAAAGAACUGGAAAGUGAAAAAGAACAACUUAAGAAGGGUUUAGAGCUCAUGAAAGCAACUUUCAAGAAAACAGAACGCUUGGAAGUUAGCUACCAGGGUUUAGAUACAGAAAAUCAAAGGCUACAGAAAGCUCUAGAAAACAGCAAUAAGAAAAUUCAGCAAUUAGAGAAUGAACUUCAAGACUUAGAGAUGGAAAAUCAAACAUUGCAAAAAAACCUAGAAGAGUUAAAAAUAUCUAGCAAAAGACUGGAACAAUUAGAAAAAGAAAAUAAGUCAUUAGAGCAAGAGACUUCUCAACUAGAAAAAGAUAAGAAACAAUUGGAGAAGGAAAAUAAGAGACUCCGACAACAAGCAGAAAUAAAAGAUACUACGUUAGAAGAAAAUAAUGUGAAAAUUGGACAUUUGGAAAAAGAAAACAAAACCCUCUUCAAAGAGAUUGGUGUUUAUAAAGAAUCUUGCAUUCGUCUGAAAGAAUUAGAGAAAGAGAAUAAGGAGCUCAUGAAAAGAGCAUCUAUUGAAAUAAAAACUUUGGUUACAUUACGAGAGGAUUUGGUGAAUGAAAAAUUGAAGAAUCAACAAAUGAAUAAUGAUCUUGAAAAAUUAACUCAUGAGCUUGAGAAAAUAGGGUUAAAUAAAGAGAGACUCUUACAUGAUGAGCAAAGUACUGAUGACAGGUACAAACUUCUGGAAUCAAAACUAGAAUCCACUCUAAAGAAGUCCCUUGAAAUAAAAGAAGAAAAAAUUGCUGCUUUAGAAGCUCAAUUAGAAGAAUCCACAAAUUAUAACCAGCAGUUGCGCCAAGAACUUAAAACAGUGAAAAAGAAUUAUGAAGCUCUCAAACAGAGACAAGAUGAGGAAAGGAUGGUACAGACCUCUCCUCCAACUUCUGGUGAAGAUAACAAAUGGGAACGAGAAAAUCAAGAAACAACUAGAGAGCUUCUCAAAGUCCAAAGUCGAGUAAUUGAAGUAGAAAGAAAUAAUGCUACACUGCAAGCAGAGAAGCAAGCAUUGAAAACUCAACUGAAACAACUUGAGACCCAGAACAAUAAUUUGCAGGCUCAGAUUCUUGCACUUCAGAGGCAGACAGUGUCAUUACAGGAGCAGAAUACUACUCUUCAAACACAGAAUGCCAAGCUUCAGGUUGAAAAUUCCACCCUUAAUUCCCAAAGAACCACACUUAUGAACCAGAACGCACAACUCCUAAUCCAACAAUCUUCCUUAGAAAAUGAAAAUGAAUCUGUAAUUAAAGAACGAGAAGACCUGAAAUCUCUCUAUGACUCUCUGGUCAAAGAUCAGGAAAAGCUGGAACUUCUUCAUGAACGUCAGGCUUCAGAGUAUGAGUCUCUCAUCACUAAACAUGGAACUCUAAAGUGUGCCCACAAAAAUCUUGAGGUAGAACAUAAAGACCUUGAAGACCGUUAUAAUCAGUUACUAAAACAGAAAGGACAAUUGGAAGAUUUGGAAAAAACACUGAAAGUAGAACAGGAAAAAAUGCUGCUUGAAAACAAAAACCAUGAGACUGUAGCCAGAGAAUACAAGAAACUUUGUGGUGAAAAUGAUAGGUUGACCCAUACAUAUAAUCAGCUUUUAAAAGAGACUGAAGCUUUACAAACUGACCAUAAAAAUUUAAAAAGUCUUCUAAAUAAUUCCAAACUGGAACAAACAAGAUUAGAAGCUGAAUUUUCCAAAUUAAAAGAACGGUACCAACAGUUGGACAUCACAUCCACCAAGCUAAAUAACCAGUGUGAGUUGCUAAGCCAACUUAAAGGAAAUUUAGAAGAAGAAAAUCGACAUCUGCUAGAUCAAAUUCAGACAUUAAUGCUACAGAACAGAAAACUAUUGGAACAAAAUAUGGAAAGCAAGGAUCUUUUUCAUGUUGAACAAAGGCAGUACAUUGAUAAGUUAAAUGAAUUAAGAAGACAAAAGGAGAAAUUAGAAGAAAAAAUAAUGGAUCAAUACAAAUUUUAUGACCCAUCUCCCCCUAGAAGGAGAGGCAACUGGAUUACUCUGAAAAUGAGGAAAUUGAUGAAGUCUAAGAAAGAUAUUAAUCGGGAACGUCAGAAAUCUCUAACAUUAACACCUACCUGCUCAGACUCCAGUGAAGGAUUUCUUCAACUCCCCCAUCCAGAUAGUCAAGACAGUUCUUCAGUAGGUUCAAACUCUUUAGAAGAUGGCCAAACUUUGGGGACCAAGAAAAGCAGCAUGGUUGCACUGAAAAGACUGCCCUUUUUGAGGAACAGACCGAAGGAUAAAGACAAAAUGAAGGCCUGCUACCGUCGUUCCAUGUCCAUGAAUGACCUGGUGCAGUCCAUGGUCCUAGCAGGAGGACAGUGGACAGGUAGUACUGAACAUUUGGAGGUUCCUGAUGAUAUUUCAACGGGUAAAAGGAGAAAAGAAUUGGGAGCUAUGGCCUUCUCUACUACAGCCAUCAACUUUUCAACUGUCAACUCUUCUACAGGCUUCAGAUGCAAGCAGUUGUUUAAUAAUAAAGGUACUACAUCCUCUGAAGAUGUAAGUCCACAAGGUAUUAGUGAUGAUUCUAGUACGGGAUCAAGAGUUCAUGCUUCAAGACCAGCCAGCCUUGACAGUAGCCGAACAUCCGCUAGCAAUAGCAAUAAUAAUGCUUCACUCCAUGAGGUCAAAGCAGGUACAGUUACUACCCAAAGCAGGCCACAAAGCCACAGCAGUGGAGAAUUUAGCCUGCUUCAUGACCAUGAGGCUUGGUCCAGCAGUGGUAGCAGUCCAAUCCAGCACUUGAAAAGACAAGCCAGAUCAAGUCCAGUGCUCCAGCACAAAAUGCCUGAAACAUUAGAGAGUCGAGCACAUCACAAGUUCAAAACUGGUUCCCCUGGAAGUGAAGUUGUUACUCUGCAACAGUUUUUAGAAGAAAGCAACAAGCUUACCUCAAUACAGAUAAAGUCCUCAAGUCAAGAAAAUCUUUUAGAUGAAGUAAUGAAAAGUUUGUCUGUCUCUUCUGACUUUUUGGGAAAAAACAAACCAGUUAGCUGUGGUCUGGCCAGGUCAGUAAGUGGAAAAUCUCCAGGAGACUUCUAUAAUAGAUGGACAACUAAGCCUGAACAAUUUGUAAGACCUGGUCCUCAAAAGACUGAAGAUACUUAUUUCAUUAGUUCUCCAGGAAAACCUACACUAGGCACACAAGGAAAGAUAAAAUUAGUAAAAGAAACUUCUCUGUCACGACAAUCAAAAGAUAGUAAUCCUUAUGCCACUUUACCUCGCGCAAGCAGUGUGAUCUCUACUGCCGAAGGAACUACUCGUAGGACAAGCAUCCAUGAUUUUCUGACCAAGGACAGUAGACUGCCUAUGUCAGUUGAUUCACCACCAGCUACUGCUGAUAGCAACAUCACUGCAUCAUCUAGUGAGUACCGUUUACAUCAGGGGUCCUCUCGUGCACUUCACAGUCCAACAUAUGCUGUAGGUUCUUGUGCACAAAAUGAUUUAGCUACACAUAAACCAGAGUGUCUAUAUGCCCAGUCUGGAAACUCAAGAACAGAAAGGUCACAUUUUUUAAACCAAACUUUCGCCACUAUUAAUAUGACUAAUUAUGCAUUUGGAAUAUCAGCUAAAGACAGCACAGAGUCAUUUACUGUGGCCCAUCCAUCUCAGCCAUUUUUAUCCCUGAAUACAGAAUUAGUUAGCAACAUAAGUGGAUUACCUCCUAGGCCAGUCCCCAGAGUAACUGAUCAGGCUUCUGCCUCUUUGGAUAAAGCUGCAGGAAAAGAUAAUGAACAGUUGUCUGAUAAUCAGAACCCUAGUAACAAUAACCCACAGUCUUCUGUAGAUAGAAGUAAUCUUAUCACUCCUGAAUGCCUCUAUCCUAGUGACACAGAAGCUACAUUGUUGGUUUCUGAGGAUAAUCACACUGUCUGGUAUGAAUAUGGUUGUGUAUGAUCAAAACCAUACAAUAUAAAACUGAUGUCAUUUGAUAUAUACUAUACUUCUCUAAUCUGAUCUGAAGAGCUGCUGUAAAAAGCUAUCAUUUGGCUAGGUUUAUAUUUUCAGUUUUAAAUUGUGGCUUAGUGUUCAGUUGUACAUGAUAGCAUGUAUACAAACAUGAAUGUGUAACCCAAAAGCCUACAUGAAUAAUUAAUUGCAUUGUGCACACUGUCUGCAUGACCUUAAAAACCUUAACAAUAUAUGCUCUUCUUUUACAUUUCUUGUCACCUGAUAAGAGAGUACUCUGAUACCUAGAAGCAUGUUAAAAUAGCUGCAUGCUAUAAUUACCAAGAAGGCAUUUCCAAGUCACAUUUACUUUGUUACUUCAAAAAAAAAAUGCUCAUUUUUUCCCUCCCUCUCUUUAGCUUUCCUUCUCCCCCUCCCACCCUCUCUUCCGCUCAUUCCUUUUUUUUCCAGAAUGUGCGCUUCAUAUUGCACAUGCAUGGUAUUAGUAAAGGGAAAAAAUAUUAAAAGGUGCCAUUUCUUUUUGCCAUUUAACUAUGACUUCUGCCCUGCUGUUUUAUUUUCAAAGAAAUAGUUAAUAACUCAGUUAACACUUUGUGUAGCAAAUGUUAACUACUGCCCAUAUUUAUAAAAUUGUUGAGAUUUAAAACAUUGCUAAUACUCAUAAAUUCAGUAUAAUUCUUUAAAAAACCAUCAAAUUCAAAUGUGACAUAUACAAUGACUAGGAGCAUUUGUAUUAGUUUUAUUUCUUCUCUGCACUUUUCUCCAUCUGAUAAUAUAAGAGCUCAAGUACUAUCUUACCUUCUAGACAACUUUUUUAUUUGGAAUCAGUUAACACAGUAGUUUUUCCAUUACUUUUUUUAUGUAGAGUCAAAGAAAUAAACCAAAUCAUACUGAAUGUGUUGGAAAUUUGCAUUUUUACUUCUCUUCAAAAAGAGUAACAAGUUAAAAAGUGAUGAAGAUUGUUACUUCUGUAAUUCUGUAAUUAAUUUAUAAUUAAAUUAUACAUGUCCUUAAAACAGAAUUUUCUAAAACGAGUACACUGUGCUAAAAUAAAAUGUAAGAUUAGAAUUUGUAACCAUUUAAACAAAGUAUGUUUUUGGUAGAACAAAUUUUGGAACUAAGAAUAAAUACAAACUUUUAGUUAAAACAACAAAAAAACCCAUGUAAGAUAGAAAAAAUAUUUACUAACUCUGACUCCAUUGUCAUAAGCUUUAGAUUAUCUUGCUGUGGUCAUAGCAUGUUUAAAGCAAAAUCAGCUAAACUUGAAUGUCUAACUCCCAGAGUAAAACAAAAAAACCUCCAAAACCCUAUAACCUGAUUUACUUACUUCUGGAGGAGUUUCUCUUAGAAUGUUUUUGCCAUUUUGAUUCAGUCUAAAUAUUACUGGUAAUAACUCAGGCUGGCAUCUGGAAGGAAUACAUAACUUUCUCAAUGGGAAGGAAAUUAUUAUUUUAUACAUGUUAAAUUAUUAUUGUUAUUAAUUGAGCCAAAGCAAACAGAAUCUAAUAAAUCUUUGCUUAAUGAAAUUUGUAUCCUUUGCAAAUUAAGCCAUCCUCUUGUACUUACAAAAGAUUAAUUCAGGGGCUAGGCCCCUUCCAUUUGUAUCUUUGACUACACUCCUUUUCCCAUAACAAGCUAUUACUAAAAAUGGUAGUGCAGGUGAUCAAAUAAAAUCAGAAAAUUUUCAUAUUUCUAUUUUCUAGCACCACCUAUUUUCUACUUGAGUAUUCUGUCUGUUUUAUUGUCAGUUGUUUCACAGCCAAUCUUAACCUUUCAAAUGUUUUUGGUAUUCCUUUUCUUUUUUUAUAACCUAAUAAUAAAGGUAAAUGGUAAAUGUAGGUGAGAUUAGAUGAGGACCAUAUAGGAUACAAAUGUAAUAAUUAGUGUUAUUUCUUUUCCAUAUAGUCAGAUUAUUUCACAACCAUUUCAGCUUUUUAGACACUAUAAAUGUAGCCAUACAUUAAACUUAAAAUAUUAAACUUAUUUAUGCAAAACACAUUGAGAGAUCAUGUGCUAUUGUAUUAAAAACUAUGUGAUUAUUUUAUAAAGUUAGACUUAUAGGAAAGUAGUUAUUUCCAAUCCAAAUGGCUAUAGUUAUAUAUACAGCAUGCUUUCAAAAAGAUGGUACACACUGUGCAUGUAAGACAGGUAUAUACCAUAUCCAUGUGUCUUGAGGAUUGUCUGAGAAAACAGGCUAGACUUCCUCCAGAAACUACCACUAGCUGUGGAGUCGUAAAAUUCCUCCAAAACACUAGGUUCUUACCUAUGUUUCUUCAUAGCACUUCAAAUAAAAUUUUUAGUAAUGGUAAAAACCUUAGAAAUCACAUAAAGCCAAUGUUUCCUAAACUUUAAAAAAUCAACAUAAUGCUCUCUAUAAAUGAGAUCUUACAGAAAUGCAGAUUUUUCUUCUUAAGUGAUAAAAGUGUAGCAAUUCUAACUCAACUGAGCAGCUGCACUUUUUUCCUCUAAAACAUCUCCAUAAAUACCCUACACCUUCACAAAGUAUUAUUUGAAGAACUAUUUGGAGAUUUAGUCCCCUAAUUUUUAUAUUAAACUGAAUAGCUUUCAUAUACUUGGCCUAAAUUUCUAGAAAUUUUACCCUUAUUAUUUGUGUGACAUUGUAAACUUAUAUUAAGCAUUGGAUCCCUUUUGACCAAAGCAAUUUCAGCUAUACCCGUUUAAGUGGGCAUAUUAUUUGCCUAUAAAAUAUGCUUUAAGCCCUGUUUUUCUUUUAGUAGAUAAUACAAAUAUUUCACUGUGGAUGUUUCUGUUGCUGCAUAAAGGAUUAUUUUUUACUUUAAAACCAUAUGAGACCAUUUAGUAAAUAAACAUAGUAUAAGUGAACUUAUCUGACUCUAAAAGGGUAUAUUAUCUUAGCUUUUAAUAUAUAAAAAUCAGUCUUUAAGUAAUGAGAUGUCUUAUAGAUUAACAAACUUCCCAAAGUUAGAUACCUUUCUCCUUGCCCUAAUCAGUGAGAGCUCUUUAGUUCUUAUCUUCAUGAACUGUAUUCUGUUUAACCUUUGAUUAAAUAACAUGCAAUGCUUU